GCGGUUGCCAUGUAAUAUCCUGGCCGCGCGGGCGCGCGAGCGGCUGAGGCGGCGCCGGGGCGGGCGCGGAGCUGGCCAGCGGGCGGCGGGGGCGGCGCCGACGGGGCCCGCGGAGGCACGCGAGGGGUCGGCGGCGCCCGGGAUCCUCUGGCCUGCGCGGGGCCUGCGGUUCGCUCGGUCCGGGCGGGAGGCCCGACGGCGGCAGGCAGCAUGUCGGUGGCGGGGCUGAAGAAGCAGUUCUACAAGGCGAGCCAGCUGGUCAGUGAGAAGGUCGGAGGAGCUGAGGGGACCAAGCUGGAUGAUGACUUCAAAGAGAUGGAGAAGAAGGUGGAUGUCACCAGCAAGGCGGUGACAGAAGUGCUGGUCAGAACCAUCGAGUACCUACAGCCCAACCCAGCCUCUCGGGCCAAGCUGACAAUGCUGAACACGGUGUCCAAGAUCCGGGGCCAGGUGAAGAACCCCGGCUACCCGCAGUCGGAGGGCCUCCUGGGCGAGUGCAUGAUCCGCCACGGGAAGGAGCUGGGCGGCGAGUCCAACUUUGGUGAUGCCCUGCUGGACGCAGGGGAGUCCAUGAAGCGCCUGGCCGAGGUGAAGGACUCCCUGGAUAUAGAGGUCAAGCAGAACUUCAUUGACCCGCUGCAGAACCUGUGCGACAAAGACCUGAAGGAGAUCCAGCACCACCUGAAGAAGCUGGAAGGGCGUCGCCUGGACUUUGACUACAAGAAGAAGCGGCAGGGCAAGAUCCCUGACGAGGAGCUGCGCCAGGCCCUGGAGAAGUUUGAGGAGUCCAAGGAGGUGGCCGAGACCAGCAUGCACAACCUCCUGGAGACCGACAUUGAGCAGGUGAGCCAGCUGUCAGCCCUGGUGGACGCACAACUGGACUACCACAGGCAGGCGGUGCAGAUCCUGGACGAGCUGGCCGACAAGCUCAAGCGCAGGGUACGAGAAGCCUCCUCACGCCCCAGGCGGGAGCCCAAGCCCAAGCCCCGGGAGCCCUUUGACCUCGGAGAGCCUGAGCAAUCCAACGGGGGCUUCCCCUGCACCACAGCCCCUAGGACCACAGCAGCUUCAUCGUCCUUCCGAUCUUCUGACAAGCCCAUCCGGACCCCCAGUAGGAGUAUGCCGCCCCUGGACCAGCCCAGCUGCAAGGCACUGUACGACUUUGAGCCUGAGAACGACGGGGAGCUGGGCUUCCGUGAGGGCGACCUCAUCACGCUCACCAACCAGAUCGACGAGAACUGGUACGAGGGCAUGCUGCACGGCCAGUCGGGCUUCUUCCCCCUCAGCUACGUGGAGGUGCUCGUGCCCCUGCCGCAGUGACAUGCCACGGCCGCCCGCCCCUCCGUCCAGCCAGCUGGGUCGCCUGCAUUCCACUUAGCAGCUGACUUGGGUCCACCAGGCAGCCUGACACCAGGCUGCAGAGCCAGCGGGGCAGGCAGCUCUCCUCUGGGCAGGUGAGGCCCGCAGGUGGCAUGGGGCUCCCCUCCCCACUCUGGCUGUCCUCCUGAGGGCCAGGCUGGGUCCCUCCUUCCCACUUGUGGCCACCUCCCCCAACCAGUGGGCCUGAGGUGGGACUAACACUAAGGUGCUCUUAGAAACACUAACGUUCCUGCCGCCCCUCCAGGGUGGUGACUACAGGGUGGACCCCUCUGGUCCCCACUCCCUUCCACCCCGGGGCCAUCCCUGCAGGGCCCAGCUCUGCUCCUUGCCACCUCUCCUGCUGCCUUAAUGGGAUGGGGUGGGUCUGAGGCAAGACCCCUGGCCGACUCCCCACAUCCCUGGUUUUAAGUCCCUGCCCUCCCCGCCCGUUGCUGGCGAUGGGCCAGGCCCCCAUCCUGGGCUCCCCAGUCACCCGAAGCCCCAGAGGUGCUGUCCCUGAUCCUUGCACUCGCCCUCAGGCCUGAGUGGGCAUCCCUCAUCACUUAGAGCCUGCUGUUGGCUCUGCCUGAGGUCGGGGACAAGGCAGGCCAAGGUUUUCUGGGGCUGCCUGCUCAAGGACAAGUCCUCUCCCAGCAGCCCUGGGCCCAUCACCCUCCCAGGAACCUGUCACCCUCAGCCCUGCCCACCCACAGCCACCCUCACAAGGCCAACGUGUCCAGCUUAACUCCCAGCCGAGCUCUGGAGGGCUGUGCUUGCUGGGGACCACGACCUGGCCUAGGCUGUCAGAGGCAAAGUGCCCUGAAGAGUGGCACCCUGACCUGGCUGCCAGCACCUCCCCUCCCCAGACCAAGCCAGGCAGCUAUGCCCCCGAGAUCCCUACCCAGACCAGCAGGAUCCCAGCCCCAGCUUCCACUCCUCCCACGUAAGCCACAGUUGACUAAAUGGAGGGACCUCUGGGCUCGGCCACAUUCACAUUCCCUUCCCCGGGACUCCACAAAGCCCCUGGGACACCAGGUUCUGCCCUUUCCUGCCACCCCUUUGUGGCCACCACAUGGGGACAUGCAGCCUCUGCCGAAGUGGGCUGUGUGACCUGGCUUACCAUCCAGGGUGAACGGAAAUGUACACCUAAUUUUUUUAAAAAAAGUAUUAAAUGUUUCUUUCUACA